AUGGCUGCCAGAUAUCCUCAGGCUUCUUCUCCCGCUUUGAGAUCGAACCAUGUGUCGCACCUUCCCGAUGCUGAUUCCUACCAGGAAAGGAGUAUACAAGAUCGAGAAGCUGACGCCGCCGCGCCCACCAUGAACUUAAAUCGUACUUCAUCUUAUUUCCCGCAACAACCGCCCCCUGCUGCCACUGCCUCUCUCAGUUCUCCUUCCGCCCCCGCCCCCUUGGAGCACACUGAAGAUCAAAAGACACAGUUAAAUACGCUUGCCAAUUCACAUACCGGCCAUCAACCACACCACUUCCCACAAACCGGUGACCCUGCUUACGAUAGUCAAAACCUUUCUACGAACAGCAACGAUCUGACCGUCCCAUCAGCGAACGCUCGCGGCAGGUUUAUAGAGGAAUGGGAUGCGAGUCAAAGAGGAAGCAGCAUUAUCGACGGACUAACUUCCAAUAUGUUACGAUCGAACUCAUUCGUUUCCAAUGCCGGAGAGGAUCAUUUAAACCUCCCAUCGCGACACAAUACCCUCAAGAAGAAGAACUCAUUACGCAGAAAUGGUAGCCUGAAGCGGAGUAGUAGUCGCAGGAGUAUGAAGGCUGGCAGCGUCCGCAGCUUGGCCCUGCAGUCUUCUUCGGACCCCGACGAAGCUCACAGCGCCUUUCACUGCCCUGUGCCAACAUCUGGCAACCCAACUGAGGCUUUGGCUAACAGAUUUCAAUCUUGGCGCAAGAUUCUCAAAGAUCUAAUCGCAUACUAUCGUGAAAUCCAAACACACUAUGAGCACAAAUCCAAGUCGCUUUUGAAAUUGGCUAACGUAGCCAACAACAUUUCAACCCCGCCAGGCUUUCUAGACUCGGGAGGCAUCGACGAUGCCUUACACAUUCUCCGCGCAUACCACAAGAGUGCCAUUUUAGAAUCGAACAAGGCCAAGGAGAUCGAAGAGGAUGUCAUUAUGGCGCUCACUGGUCUGAGAAGCGACCUUCAUCAGAAAGUUAAAGAGAUAAAGAACCUCUCAGGAGAUUUUAAGAAUUCCGUCGACAAAGAAAUGGAUAGCACUCGGAGGGCCGUCAAGGCACUACAGGACACUCUGGGUCAAAGUGAUUUAGAUCCCUCCUUAACCACCGGAAAGCAAGAUCCGUAUCUCCUACGGCUAGCUGUCGACAGACAGGUCGAACGACAAAUCGAUGAGGAGAACUACCUCCAUCAGGCUUACCUUAACCUGGAAAACUCAGGUCGUGAACUGGAGUCCAUUGUGGUUGGUGAGAUUCAGAAGGCGUACAAUGCCUACGCAGGCAUUCUCAAGCGCGAGUCUGAUGCCGCUUACGGUGUGAUUGAGGAGCUCCGUAUUGGGCCCAUUUCCAUGCCCAAGGAUCACGAAUGGACAUAUUUCGUUCAAAAAGAUGACCAGUUCGUGGACCCUGACAUCCCGAUCCGUUCAGCUGAACAUAUUCAUUAUCCGGGUCGAGACCAUGUCGUCUGCCAGGAAAUACGGGCUGGACUCCUCGAGCGUAAGAGCAAGUAUCUAAAAAGCUACACAGCCGGCUGGUAUGUACUUUCUCCGACCCAUCUCCAUGAAUUUAAAUCGGCGGAUAAGGGGCAAGCCCCUGUCAUGUCGUUAUAUCUUCCAGAGCAAAAAUUAGGUUCACAUUCUAGCGAGGGAGGGUCAUCCAACAAGUUCAUCCUUAAGGGUCGUCAGACAGGAUCAAUGCAUCGCGGUCACACAUGGGUAUUCCGGGCCGAAAGCCACGAUACCAUGAUGGCUUGGUACGAAGAUAUCAAGGCGCUUACCGAGAGGACACCACAAGAAAGAAGCGAAUUUGUGCGAGGCCAUGUUCGCAGUUUGAGCCAAUCAUCACAUAGAUCAACCAGCAGUGACGGUGUUGUCGACGAAGAUGAUGACGAACCCUUCUCGGCAGAUACAGCAGUUGCAGCUAGUACGAGCUCGAGGCAAGACCUCCGCCGUCCCGAAGCAGGUGGGCGAUUCCCAUCUGACAUCCAGGUCAACGCGCAGCGAGGCUUACAGGCUCCUCUUUCGCCAUCUAGCGUAAGCUCGGGGUUCGACAAAUUAGAUCGGGAAGCUGGUUCGCAGGCACCAUCUUUGCCAGGCGGCAUUCAGAACACUUUUUUUCUGCCGAAGGACCAAUCAAAUGGUUACGGCGGCACAGCACGGACACCUAUGGAAGAUGCACCCUCCAACGCAGCUAUCGUCAGCCAGCAGGCCAGAGAAGACGGCAUUAAUCCAUAUACAAACGAGCCGGCCCGCCGUUCACAGUCGUUCAAUCGAAGGUCUCAAGCAGCCUACAUGCCUGCGACUGGCAUACAGAGGGCAGUUAGCCAGAAGGCUCCACAAGCCAAGACUGAUGAUGACUUUCGACCAGAAUCAUCGGCAGAACACAGCCUCGACCAAGGAACACCAGAUAGCAACAACCAAUAUGGCUAUUUGUUGAAGGGCGGUGGAAAGCAGUCGUCGGGAGCUUCGUAUAACGACUUCUCACAGCAAGGCGUAGAUGAAUUCUCCGAUGGUUAUGCUCAGAACCCUGGCUCUCCCGACGCUGCAACAGGAACGCCAGUCCCAAGAAACUCGGACCUUUCUCGUCAAUCGUUGCGGGCUACCCGACCCACAGCUGGCACUAUCAGGACCGACAGUGUUCCGACGAUCUCCAACCUACACAUUCCAGGUGAAUACCCUAAGGGCGGCUCAUCCGCCAUUGAUGUGAGACGCUAG